AUGGACGAAGCAGUGUCCACUGCCUCCAAAAAGAAGCCGCCCUGGCCACGUACUACCGGAAAAACCGCGGUCCCGUCGCUCGUAUUCAUUCUCGUGGGUCCGAAUUCAGUCCCUCGUUCUUUGCCAGGUUCCGUGCUUGGUCAUCGACGAUGGAGGCUUCAAGAUAAAAGGCAGGCCAGUUGGCCUUUCUUCCCUCCCUCAUCCUCAUCAGUCUUUCCAGCUCCCAUUCCAAGUUCCAUGGCUCGCUCCAUCUUCGACCGACCUCCUACUCCAUACCCCACUCAGGCUCAUCCCCAACCGUUUGCUACGGCCAGGGUACACCAUCCCAUGGCGAUGAUUGUAGAUCACCCAGCCGAUCACCCUGCACCUGUGACUACUACCACUGGUAGUUUGCCUCUAGCUGCUAGGAUCUCGCCUGCGGGUACGACCCCCGUCAUCAAUGGGCCUCCGUUCCAACUGGCAGGAAGGGGUCCUCCCCCAGCUUACAGUGGCCCCGGUCUUGCGCGACCUGCUCCUGGCUAUCGUCGGUACAAUAUCAGUUUCAACCGCGGCGGUUUUCGAGGGGGAUUCAACCCAGGAUCCAAUUUCAGACCCAGGGGUUCGAUCUCUCCCUUCCAUCAUUUCAAUCAACGACGACAGGCGCCUAGCCGCCCCCGCACUCCGGUUUUCUUUGUUAAUCGGGCUUCAAUCGGUGCUCCCGACGUCCCAGCAACUGCACCCCCCAGUCCUACCACGCCAACCAGCAGCGUGGAGGAACUUAAUCUGGCUCGCUCCAGCUCCUCCGCUCCCAACAGUAGUGUUGCUUCGGCCGAGGACUUCGUCCUUCCUCGGCCUCGCGUUCCAUCCCCUACUCCUGCUGGGAUGUACGACCCUGCCGACUAUCACCUCCUCUUGCGUCACCAGGUGGAAGCUCUGCUCGAUCGACGCGCCGACCCCGCCCGUUUUGAUAGAUACGAAUUUACACCCCAGCAUAUUGAUGACCUCUACGAGUCCAUCACUACUGCGAUGGUCAACCAUUUCACAACUUACCCUGCUGCUAAUGCAGCAGAGCGCGAGAGCCGGGUUCGUUUAUUUCGAUUUGCGAGUCGUCGCUACCGCACCAUGACUCGUAGAGUUUAG